AAAUUCAUAAUUAUGUGCUUUCGGUUAUUCCUGCGUAAGAUGCAUUCAAUAUUUUUGCGAGAGAAAUAAUGGAUUCGUACUUGGAGCGGAACAACAUGUGAGGUUUUAAACCAUGGGUCGGGUAAUUCGUGCGCAGCGUAAAGGUGCGGGAUCCGUUUUUCGAUCUCACACCAAGAGGAGGAAGGGAGCACCGAAGUUGCGGUCUCUGGACUUCUCCGAGAGGCAUGGCUUUAUCAAGGGUGUCGUGAAGGAUAUCAUCCAUGAUCCAGGUCGUGGUGCGCCAUUAGCAGUGGUGCAUUUCCGUGAUCCUUAUAAGUUCAAAACACGGAAAGAAUUAUUUAUUGCACCAGAAGGAAUGUAUACCGGUCAAUUUUUAUAUUGUGGAAAAAAAGCCAAUCUGCAGAUUGGAAAUGUUAUGCCAGUUGGCAUGAUGCCUGAGGGUACUAUAGUCUGCAAUCUGGAGGAAAAGACCGGUGACAGAGGCCGAUUAGCCAGAGCAUCGGGCAAUUAUGCAACAGUUAUAACGCACAAUCCAGAUACAAAGAAAACUAGAGUUAAAUUACCUUCAGGCGCGAAGAAAGUCAUUCCAUCCAACAAUAGAGCAAUGGUUGGAAUUGUUGCUGGUGGUGGACGUAUAGAUAAACCCAUACUUAAGGCUGGUAGGGCUUAUCACAAGUACAAGGCGAAGAGGAACUGUUGGCCUAAGGUUCGUGGUGUUGCUAUGAAUCCCGUGGAACAUCCACACGGUGGUGGUAACCAUCAACAUAUCGGUAAGGCAUCCACUGUCAAGCGUGGCACCAGCGCUGGUCGUAAGAUCGGUCUUAUUGCUGCUCGUCGUACUGGAAGAAUCAGAGGAGGCAAGACCGAUACCAAAAAGGACGAUUAGAUUAAACGCUGAUAUUUGACUAUGUGUUAUACAAUAAAGAAAAAUUUACAC